GGAGAUCUUGUCGGCGCUCGUAGCCGGCUACGAGAACCCAGAGGUGGCGCUCAACUGCGGCACCAUGCUGCGCGAGUCGAUUCGCCACGAGAUUCUUGCAGGCAAGAUCUUGUACUCGCCCGACCUGUGGAAGUUUUUCGAUGUGUAUGUCCAUCUGCCCAACUUCGAGGUCGGGUCGGAUGCGUUUGCUACAUUCAAGGACCUGUUCACGCGCCACAAGACGCUCGCUGCUGCGUUCUUCACGUCCAACUUUGAUGUGGUCUUCGCAAAAUACAACUGUCUGCUGAUGUCCGAAAACUACGUCACUCGGCGCCAGUCGCUGAAGCUGCUUGGAGAGAUCUUGUUGGAUCGCUCCAACUUCGACAUCAUGAUGAAGUACAUCGGGGAGAAGGAGAACCUCAAGAUGAUGAUGAAUUUGCUUCGUGACACGAGCGCAAAUAUCCAGUUCGAGGCCUUCCACGUGUUCAAGGUGUUCGUGGCUAACCCGAAAAAGCCUGAGGCCAUCUCGCAGAUUCUAGUGAACAACCGCGAAAAGCUUAUCGCAUACCUGAAAAACUUCCAAAACAGCAAAGAGGAUCCGCAGUUCAUUGAGGAGAAGGCGCUGCUUAUCAGGACGCUGGAGGGCUUGAAGGUCGGUGAAGCUGCCUCUGAGACGCCCCCAGCCCCGCCAUCACAGUGAGGCCACCCUGCUUCUAGGGGACUGGUACGUGUGAAUGGCUUUGAGCGCUGCGCGUUGAGAAGGGGUGCAACAAGCACUACGUAUUUGAUACUUCGGCUGCGAUGGAAUUAGCUAGGAAAAGGCGCCUCCGUGAUUGCUAUCGUACACACUAGGGCAGAAGU